AUGGGAAACACGGAAAGCUAAAAUAAGGGUGAAGAGUAUUUUAAAUAAUUCUAAAAUAAAUACAACUACGAAGUAAGAAACUUAUUUGAGUACUCAGAUGUGUUUUUUUAGAAUGUUACUCUCUAUCAUGAAAGGGAAGGAACAAAAGUUAUAGCAUAGAUUAAAAAAGAAAACGAAAUAGAUCAUUUUAAUCCAGUUCAGGAAAAGUAUUUAUAAGAGAGAAUAAAAGAUGAGAAAACAGUUAAUCUACUUAGAAUCUGCGGAUAUUACAGCAAUCUUUAAUAAGAUAAUAUAUGUGGCAACUCUUAUUUUCGUAAUUACUUUGUAGAACAUCCUGCGGGAACACUUUCUGAUGAAAUUAAUUUAAGAAAGCACAUGGAACCUCCAAGACCUUACUCAGAAUUAGAGCUUUGGGGUUUCAUAUAUAGUGUCACAUCUGGCUUACAAGCCUUAAGGGAAAUUGAUAAGGUAUGCAAAAAUAUCUCCUCAUCUACUAUUUUUAUCAGCCAAGAAGGGUAUUACUAAAUAUGCGAGCAGGGUAUUGUAAAAGAAAACUCUAUAUUUGAUGAAAUCACCUUUAAAUAAUUCAGGAAAGACAUGUAUCUCAGUCCUGGUUAAAUGGAUGCUAUUAGGGAAUAGGCUUUACAUGAUGAAACAAAUCCUUACCUCAGCGAUAUUUUUGCUUUGGGUAUUCUCAUUACUGAAAUGGCUUAUCUAGAGGAGCAGGGCGAUAUAUACAAAUACUAUGGACCAGAAAUAGGCAUAGACUUCGAAAAGCUGAUAGAAAGAAUUCAAUAUUUGCAAACAAAGUACAAAAAUAAAAAGUUAAUUCGUAUACUCAUCAAUAUGACAGCAGAAGAAUAAAAGAAAAGAAUAUCUUUAGAUGAGCUUCACGAAGAAGUAGAGAGAAAUUUCGGGAGAAUUUUAUAGGAUUAAACUUCUACUGAUAUAUAAGAUUGUCCUGUUCAUAAAACUGGAUUUAUUGAAUAUAUAUUAAAGCGUAGCGAUUACAAGCACUUAUACCACAAAAGUAAUCGCAGUUAAGAUGUUGAAAGCCCCUAAUAGCCUCGUAUGAAUAAAAAAAGGCUUACUAGAUUAAAUUACGAUGAAGUUUAAGGUAUAGAUGGAAUAAAAGAAAAUAGGCCAUCUAAUCACUAAUCCAUGAGUCACUUCAGAGAUGAGGAUGAUAAUUAAACUCCAGAUAGCACAUAAAAUAAUAUUAAAAAUGAUGAGAUUUCUUCUUUGGAUUCAAAUAAGAUAGGUGGUCCAGUAGGAUAACAAGGGAAGAAGGCAAGAAACAUUCUUUAAAGAGUUAUGCCAGGAUUAUCUAUUUCAUUAUCUGAAUUCAUUAAAAGCAGUAACUUGAAAAAAGAGAAGCUGAUGUAAAAAUAAAAGGAACUUGAAUAAUUAGCAUAGAAAAGCAAAGAAUAAGAAGAAGAAAUGAAAAACAUAUAACAAGAAAUCAUUAAAAUUGACCAGCAGAUUGAGAAUGAAAAGGCAACAAAAGAAGCAUAAAAUAAUAAAUAAGUUCACUUUAAUCCUAUUGAAGAAGAGAUGUCUUCUCCUCAGUCUAUGGGUCGCUCCAAGCAAAUCAAUGUUAACUCAAAACAAACUCAAGAUGAAAUCUAAGAAGAUGUUAAAAAAAGCAAGUAAAAUUAGAGUAAUAUACCAUAAUAAUUCGUUCCAAAUAGCAAUUUGGUUUAUUCUUAAAAUACAGAGCAUCUAUAACCUUUACCUUUGAAUCACUACGGGUUUAGUCUACCUCCUUUGUCUAAUAGAGGUUUAAGACAAUAAAAUUCUUAUUCAGCAUCUCCAUCAAAUCGCUCCAACCACUUCUAAUUUAGUUAAUAUGAUCCUAUUUUUGGAGUUUAAAGAAAUUAGUCUCUGAACAAACCUCAAUACCUCUCUCCAAAAUUCUUAGCUUAUAGUUAAUCUUAAUUCGAUAACUCUUCACUUUAUUCCCCAUAUGGUUAGGUAAGCUAGUAUUAAAAUUAUGCCCCACCAGUACUUUAACUACCUCAGCAACCAUAAUACUUUUAAGCUAUUAAACAACAAAAUUAAAAUUAGCAAUAACUUUCAUUUUCUCAAUAAUAACAAUAAAUUUAAAUAUAACAAGCAUAAUAACAACUACAGUAAUAAUAAUAAUUGUAAUUAUAACAGUAAUAGUAAUAGUAAUUGUAACUUUAGUAGCAGUAAUAAAUAUAGUUGGAGUAGUAAUUACAAUAGUAGAAACAAUAUUUUGCAACCCAACCUGAUGCAGUUAUAUAAACACCAAUAUUGCAAAACUAGCAAUUUAUUAAUUAAAACAACAGUGAAUAGGGGUCUAAUAACCACUAUUAACAGAAUCCUUAAUAUGGAGAGUUGUUUAUGCCAAAUCAAAAUGCAAACUAUUAAAGAAGUAGCCCACCUAAUGGCCGUAGAUAUAAUUUAGAUAGAUACGAGCAAAGGUUAAGCAAAAACAAUGUUUGCACAAAUAAAUUCAAUAAAUUGAAGGAGUUAUUUAAUGGAGAAACACCAAAAAAUCAAAUCACACAAAAUUAGCAAAAAUAAGAAAAGAUAGAAGAAUCAAAAAAGAACUUUAAAAAUAAAGUAGUUAAAAAAUAAAGUAUUUAGUAGAUAAUACUUUCUAAAUCUAAUUAAAAGCUUACUUUAAAUAAAGUUAGGGAUGUAAGUCCAUUCAGAAAAGACUUACCAGUAGACAGUUAAUAAAAUUAAUUAUAGGAAAAUACAAAAAUCUUGAAUGGAAGGUUCUUUACUCAAAAUAAUAACAAUAAUAAAACAAAUUAAAAUAAUUUAUAGAAGCAUUUUGAAUAAGAAAAUCCAGAUUUCACAAACUUUGAAUUAAUUUCUAACAGAUAUAAGUUUUCGAAGAACACUUAAGAGAAAAUAUAUUGA